AUGUCGUUCAACAAGAAAUCAAACGACGACUUUACGAGCAGAGUCAACAAACUGUUGUCCAAAGAUGAUGGCUCUAAGAAAGAGACAGACGAAGAACUAGCCAGCAGAUUCACCAGCGUCUUCUCCUCGCCGCCUAUUGUGAAUCAACAGAGUUACCAUAUACCUGACCAUGCGUACGGCGAUGAUAUAGACAGAGAAAUUGAGAAGAUGCUCCAAGACAGCGACGAAGAGACGGAUGCUAUCGACGAUUACAUUUAUGGCGUGUUGGACGAGAAAAAGGACAUGGUGCAAGAGAAAAUGGACGGUUUUCAAAAGGCAUUUAUGGGCGACAACGACCCGUUUAUCGGUACGGAUGAAAGCGAUGAGCUGAUCAAGAAACUGCAGCAAGAAAACGCAUUGGAUGCUAAAUAUGAACAGUUUGCAAAAAAGAGGGACGAGGAUCUGGAGAAGCGAUACCACGCAUUAAAGAAGGAUGCACCUUCCUUUUCAACAACAGCAUAUGAUGAUAGCAGUAAGCCCAAAGGGUCUAUUCCAAAACCACUGACAAGCACAGACUUGCAUGACGAAAUUGAUGAUUGGUGUUGUAUUUGCAAUGACGAUGCCACUGUUGAGUGUCUAGGAUGUGAGGAUGACAACAAGUAUUGUAAAGAAUGCUUUUUCCAUACGCAUAGGAGUGAAUCUGCAGAUUAUAACGCUACCAAACACAAAAGCAGGCCAUAUCAAGUGAAAACAUAG